GAUCCUAGAUAUACAACAUUUACCGAGGAACCACGGAGUAGGAAGGAUGUGUGAGGAAUAUCUUCUUGCUUGGAACGAUCAUCAUGCCUCGAUUAUUACCGCAAUGUCGGAGCUGGCAUCAGGGGAUGUACUGACUGAUGUAAGCGUGUGGGCGGGAGAAACCAUGUACUCCGCCCAUCGUCUAGUACUGGCACUCUCCUCACACUACUUCAGGCUGGUCGUUACAGGACACAAUGGGGAGGGGAAGCAUCCCGUCAUCUUUCUCAAGGAUGUUAGCAGCAGAGAUUUCGAGAGAUUACUCCAGUAUAUGUAUAGAGGAGAAGUUAGUGUUCCUCAAACAGAACUCUUCAGUCUUAUUUCAGCUGCAAAAUCUUUAGGAAUCAGAGGACUGGCCGAGGGAGAUCCUUCCUUUGCUGAUCUUGAAAAAUCUUCUGGUCCAUCCGUCUCCCCUAAACCUGAUAACAAGGAUAAGAGAGAAUCAACAGACACGGAUACUUUAAACCUGUCAAAACGGCCUAGAUAUGAGUCAGGUUCGGAUGGGAGUCCACCUGAACCAGGACGAAGAGCAGGAACCAAGGAUGGGAAUGAAGAGAGAGGGUCGGAGAGAAAGCGAAAGUUUACUGAUGCGUCCAGGAAUAUUGGGAUUAGUAUGAAGGAAAAUAUUGAGAAUGAACUUGGAGCAGAGGAACAGAGUUCUCAGAAGAAGCAAAUUAUCAAAGUUAGUGAGGUUUAUGUAAAGCAGGAGAAGGAUGAGGAGGAGAACGGAGAAAGAUUUGAUGAGUAUAAAAGAGAGGAACGGAGUAACCAGUCUUCUCCAAUAAGAAUGGUUCGAAGACCUCUUCUCUUCUCUCAUCCUUCUGCAGGACAUACAUCCCUCCCCUCCCCUCUACAUUUAACCUCUCAGAGCCAACCAUCUCCAACCUCACAUCUAUCCAUCCUCCCUCCGGCAUUACACUCUCCGCUUUCUCUCUCCAGUGUUAAACUCAAGGAUUCAACAUUGAUCUCUCCAGCUUCAGUUUCAGUUCAGAGGAAUACGGGAACCUGUCAUUUCUGUGGAAGAAGUUUUAUGAAGAACAAACAGCUGAUGAAUCACGUCUGUCCAAUGCGUCCACCUGCGAAGAAUUAAAGAAAACCCAGAAUUCUUUACACCCCUCCCCCACCUUCAUCCUCAAAAAGAGCUCGCUCCCCUUCUUCCUCAGCUAGACAUUCAUGCUCCACUAGAACUCCUUAUUCCUAAUCCUAGACUUUACCUAGAUCCUCUACUUCUAAACCAAGAUUUCUCUAUUCUUAAACCUAGAUUUUCUACUCCCAAAACUAGAUCCUUUAUUCUUAAACCUAGAUCCUCUACUUCUAAACCUAGAUCCUCUACUUUUAAACCAAGACCCUUGACUUCUAAACCUAGAUCCUCUAAUCCUAAACCUGGAUCCUCUACUCCUAAACCUGCAUUCUCUACUUCUUAAUCUAGAUCCUCUACUCCUAAUCCUAGAUCCUCUACUCCUAAACCUUGAUCCUCUACUACAAAACCUAGAUCCUCUACUCCUAAAUCUAGAUCCUCUACUUUUAAACCUAGAUCCUCUACUCCUAAAUCUGUAUUCUAUACUUCUAAAUCUUGAUCCUCAGCUCCUAAACCUAGAUCCUCUACUCCAAAACCUAGAUCCUCUACUUCUAAACCCAGAUUCUCUACUCCUAAACCUAGAUCCUUUCUUCCUAAACCUAUAUUCUCUACUCCAAAACCUAGAUCCUCUUCUCCUAAACCUAGAUCCUCCCGUUAUAAACCCUUUACUCCUGAGUCCACUGAAUAUAAUGUUCUUAAUACUUCUAUGCUUCCUUUAUAUAAGCUUUAUUCUUGUCUACGUAUACAUAGUCCUAUAUUUUCAUUCACAUUUUCUUUUAUAUCAUAUCUAUGUGUUUUAAUUGGGUUCAAAAUAAAUCCUAUCAUAUUAAUAA